AUGGCUCAGGCUUCCGACUGCUCGUAUCGGGACAGGAUCCACGCAGCGGGGUAUUUGGGGGUCGUUAUUGGUGGUAAAAGGGGCUCCCCUUGCAAGUCCGUCAUUAGGCUCAGUUGGCCCAGCGUUAGUGAGGCGCAAUACCCAACGCAUUGUGACUCUCAAUAG